CCUUGAAACGCUAUAAAGCUUGAAUGAAAACAAUAAAACAUCACAUCCGAUGACAUCUAAUGAUCUAUGCGACGGUCCAUUCCAUUGUAUAGUCUUGAAUGAACCCGACGAUGAAACAACACGGAAAACAUUCGAUAUGAACAAGGAUUAGUUAAGGAACAGAAAGAAUGGUUCUUAUCAACUUCUGCCACUGGAGUACAAAAACAAACAUAUCAUGUGACAAGAUAUCAUCAGAUGGUUACGAAGUCGAAAAUUUAAUAUCAUCAGACCCAUCCAAGAAGAGGAAGGGAUAUUUAGCUGAAAGAUUCAUUAAACUUCCUAUAAAUAUAACUUUUCAUUUCCCGUGUCCAAUAUCCAUUUGGAGAAUUGUCAUUGAUCCUGUAGUCGGGUCCCAAAAAUCGUCAUCAAUUGGGGUCUUUGCGCCAGCGUCUGACACAGCACCAGCACAGAAAGAAGCUAGUCAAGAGAAACAAAAUAAUAUCUCCAAGUCAUCAGAACUUUCAAAUACUAUUCAACCUCGGACAUUUUCUGGAAGAAGUAUGGAAACAUUUGUUAGUAGAAUUUCUAUGACAUCUCCAGGAAAAAUGUGCUUCUAUGAUUCACAGUUUCGUGCAAGAAAGCCCUACUCUGCAGAGGGGUUCAAUUCUCUUGAUCAUUACAGUUUUGUCUCAGAGCUUCGACAUAUUAGACAGGUAUAUUGUACAAGAAACAUCACAAUUAGAAUUUAUCAGACUUUUCAUGGGUCAGUGGGGGCCAUAAAAAGUAUAGAAAUAUGGGGUCAACCUCUGGCAAGCUGCCCCAAAGACUUUCAAAAUAAUUUAUACAAAGUUUAUAUGGAACAAACAAAUCUAAUAAGACCUAAUCAUAUAUUUCCUAACAGUGAUAAUUUUUCUACUACGGACAAAGAUGAUGUUGUUAUUACUGAUGUAUCAAACAGUUCAAAUCUCUAUCCGGAAAGAAGAAAAAUCCAGGACGUCGAUAUUCCAGAAGAUUUUGUUGAUCCUAUAAGUUGUGAAAUAAUGGUGAUCCCAAUGCUGUUACCAUGUGGACGUAACAUUGAUAAGUCUACCUUAGAUCGCUUUGUCUCCAUUGAAGAAACAUGGGGUAGGGCACCAAGUGACCCCUUUACAAAUGUGCUGUUUAAUUCUGACUCUUAUCCAAUACCUAACGAUGGUUUGAAAGGUCGAAUAGAUCAGUUUCUAUUUUCGAAUAAAAAUUCAGUGAAAUUACAGUCCGUUCCACGUACAGUAGCUACAAUUUACCAAAAGCAAAAACCGUGUAAACGAAAACAGCCAUUGAAUAAUCAUGCAGAUAGUGGAGAUCAACAUAGUAAUAAUGAACUUAAUGGUUCCAUGCCAAAGAAAAUAAGCUUACGUGUGAAUGAAAACAUUUUAGGUAGAUCAAAUCUAACUGCUUCACCUACCUUAACAACAAACUCAAAAAAAUAUGAAAUAAUAUCGACGCAAGAAACCAGAACAAUAGGCAACUCUCAUGAACAGCUAUUACAAAAUAGUUUAGAUAGUGCAUUAUCUAAUGUUCUGGGCAGUUUUCCUUCUUUUACAAAAGGAAAAUCUACUUCAGAAUAUAGUGAAUUAGAAUUAAAAUGUAGCCAUUGUAAAUUAGAAUUAUCAGAAGAUGUCGUACAAUAUAAACUACCAUGUACUCAUAUCAUUUGUAGAGGUUGUUUGACCAAGACUAAUAUUAAAAGAACUUCUAUCCUCUGUCAAACCUGUGGUACAACCUCGGAAAAAAAACUUAUAGAAAGACAACAUCCUAAUUCAUAGAACUUCUAAACUGUGUUAAUGAAAUGAUUACAAUAUAUUAUAUAGUUUUCUCACUUCAAAAUUUAUUAAAUUUGAAAUUUGUGUGCAUAAAUUAUGAAUUCAUUAUUAAAUUAUAUUUUAUGCAGUCUGUAUUUAUAUACUGAUAAUAUAUGCCCAGAAUAAACAUUUCUUUUCAUAAUUUUUGGGGGUGAAAAAUUAA